AUGCGUUCACCUUUCGGCACUACAGGGCUUACCAGAUCACUUGGUCUGGUGGCCCUCGCACUCUCAACCACCUGCACCGGGAUAUACAUCCCCAGUGCCCGUGUCCCCCUCCCGGCAUCUUUGGCCCGCAAGGAUGCCACCACCAUCACAGUCACCACCGUGUCCACAGCAGGCACGACGGUGACAAACCUCGAAGCGGACAGCAGUGUCUCCGUCCCCACUGCUGCUACUACCCCCAGCCUCCGCCGUACGCGCUCCAGACGACCGGUUACGGUUGUCGAGACGGUCACGGCCACUACGGUAAUGGAGACGGUCACGGUCACGCCGGCCGCCUCCUCGGCGACGAAUAGCGUCGAGGACAACAAUGCUUCUUCUGGUUCCUCCGAUGUGUCUUCUAUCUCUACCGAAGUCGUCACCGAUGUCGUUGUCGUGUCCCCUGAGACGGUUACCAUCAUUUACGGUGGGGGUGCCUCCUCUACUGAUGCCGGAGCUGCUCCUCGCAGUGUCGUGUCUUCGACUAGCGAUGUUUCCUCUUCCUCUGCCGAUGCUGCUUCCACCUCCAUCGAGGUGACUACUGUUACUGUCUUCCCCGAGGUCGUUUCUACCUCUACUGUUGGAGUGUCAUCCUCCACUGAUGAGGUUUCCGACUCUGCCUCCACCAACAACGCUGUCUCCACCCGCAGGACCACGAUUACCUUGGGAAAGGGAACGACCACUGCUACUGAGGCGGCCACUUCAGUCGAGACGUCCACUUCUGUUGAGAGGACCAUUACAAUUGACACGGCCGCACUCAUAACUUUGCCCACGUCGUUUGUUACCCUAUCGAGGAGAGCAGACAACAAAGCGGCUCCCUCCUCGUCAUCUUCUACUGAUGGCGAUGCCAUCUCCAUCGAGGCGGCUACACUGACCGUCAUCCCCGCAACCGUCUACACCACAUUCACUCACAAGGUUACUCUCGAUGCGCCGGAAACUCUGUCGACGGUGUUCGUCACGGCGCAGAGGACAGGCGACGCAGCGGUCUCUUCUAGUGGCUCCUCCUCCGCCGUUGCCGCUGCCUCUGUCUCGGCGUCUGCCUCUCCCUCAACAUCUGCCUCUGCCUCGAUUUCUGCCUCUGCCUCGACUUCUGCCGAUGCCGCUCCCGUUUCGUCUACUACCAGUGAUCGCCCUCUCCUUACCAUUACCAGGAUUAGCACGAGUGUGACGGCCACGGUCCAUGUCACCGUGGUGACGGCUACGGUCCAUGCCACCGUGACACCCGCCGCCCCCACCGAAACGAGGUCGACGCUGCAGCUGGCGCAGGCUAACUGUCUCGUGUGCCAGGACAUUUUCGACGACAAUGGUAUAGUGCCUCCUGAGAAGGUGCCUGCGUCUGCUGCUUAUGCUGUGAAGAGGAACUUGGACUCAUUGGAGGAGCCUCUGAAUAAUACUGCCCCUGGGCGCAGGAUACCAGUGGGGAAGUUGAUUUCUCUGGAUGGCGGUGAUGACAUUGCCCCCCUACUCAUCCCUCCUAUGUUGCCUACUAGUGGUGUACCUCCAGUUAGUGAUCAUGCCGACGCUGCUAUCACUGGGGGUGGUGAUGGUGUUGUCCCCCACCUCAUCCCUCUGAUGUUGCCCACUGGUGGCGUGGUUGAUGAUCAUGCCAACGCUACUGUCAAUAGGGAUGGUGCUGUCGUUUCCCGCCAACUCGUCCCUCCUAUGAUGUCUGGGUUCAGCGUCGCCACCCACAUCACUCGGAGCUCGUUCUCGCCCAUCCGCCUUCCCCCCGUUACCAACAACGCGGAUUUCCAUACCACCCGGUCCACUCACUCGCCCAUCCGCCUUGCCCCCAUCACUAACAACGCGGACCAUGCCACCCGUCCCACGCAAACCGCUACGCCCAUCCGCCUCGCCCCUAUCAACAACAUCACCACUCCCACCGGCGUCCACCAACCCCAGCCCACCGACCUCCUACAACCCAAGUCCUUCAUGAGCCACGCCCCCCUCAAGGACGCCCCCCCCCGGCGCACCGCCAAGUCCCGCCGUGCCGAAACCCUCCCCCUCCCCCCUCCUCCCCCCUCCCCCCUCCUCCCCCUCCCCCCUCUCAACAUCACCAACCUCAACCAGGCCUACAACCCCUUCCCCAAGUCCACCAUUUUCAAAACCCCCAGUUUAGGUAAACUCUAA